CAGAGGUGUUCUGGAAACACAAUGCAAAAUAUGAAAGACAUAAAAGACAAAAACGCUUCCUUUGCAGAAGUUGAAGGUCAUUCAAUUUUACCAUCUAUUACAGAUAAAGACUAUAUCAGACCUCAAGAAAAAAUGCACUGCUGUGGAAAAAGCUGUUACUAUUUUGCAAAGGAAGAGAAGACUUGGGAGAGGAGUAAGGAGUCAUGCCAAGACCAGCGUUCUAGUCUCAUUAAGAUUGAUAAUAAAGAGGAGCAGAACUUCAUUCAAUCAAAAAUAAAAUACAAUUAUUGGAUUGGAUUAUAUAAAGUAGGAGCUAAGCAUCCCUGGAAGUGGCUGGAUGACACACUCUUAUCUCAGAUGGUGCAUCUCCAACAGAGUUUACCGGAUAUAAAAUGUGGAUACCUCAACUCAUCAAAUAUUUUUAGUGCUGAUUGUAGUAAACGCUUUCGUUACAUUUGUGAAAAGGAGUUCACUGGCCAUGAUAAUUUUUUGUCAAAAAAAAAAUAAAAGAAUUAUUGUCAUCAAA